AAAUCACGCACAAUUUGUGUUAAUGUAUAACUUAAUUUGAUUUAUAGUUGAUUUCGAGGAUACUAACUUACUUGCUGAAACAAAUAACACACCAAGAAUAGAGUAACACCUCAUACCCGUGAUGAUGCAAUAAGGAAAUGUGUCAAGUUGAUACAAAGAACAUUGCCCACCCUGUAUAUAAAAAGGAGACUUCCGCAUUGGAACAUUGGGAUCAUUUGGAGAAACAAGCCUAGAAUCAUCAUAAUCAUCAAUGUUCUAGAUCAUCAAAAGUACUACUCGCGCGAUCGAAGCUUCAAUUUAUCCUCAAGUGAGACACUGAUCGUUGGUUUGAUGAGAAUAUGACGUCGACUGAAUUCUCGAGGUUAAUCGACAUGUCAGGAGUGAAUCCCAAAGGGGGUGCAGCUACCAUCCAAAACGUUUCUAAAGAGAUGGCGGAGGUCCUGAGCUUCGUUGAUUAUGACACCAUGCAUAGACUGUGUAUGCUUCUUAACCCACCUGAUGUAUUCGGCAAUGACUGGCGAAUGCUUGGCGAUAAAAUGGGAUUUACAUUUCUCGAGAUACGUAAUAUUCAACAGCGCGAGAAAAAUCCGACACAGGCACUACUGUUGGUGUAUAAAACACGCACGGGUAAAGGUAACAAAGAACUACUUACUGACCUACAUGACUACACUUUAUCAAUGGGUCGAGAGGACUGCGUUACACUUCUAAAGCAUGCCUUGGAGGGUGAAGAUGGAGAUGAUUUGAAGAUCGAUAUGUCUGUGCUUACGUGUGGACAGGAUAGCAUUCUUACUGAACAAAUAAUAGAUGCUUCCGAGUUUUAUUACGGUCGGCUGUGCUGUUUAUUGUUGAAAGAAGGCACCGAGCAGAUCCGAAACUAUUUACUGAAUAACUUACCCUCUGGAUUUGACAACAUUUUCGAUGUGUUGCACAGCAAACGUUACAAAAUGCAGUUUCGCCUGCUACGGGAGAAAGAGAUACUGACACAAAAUCAGUUUAACACGCUAUACCCUCCAUCGUGUACGGCGGAUCCCUUCGUCUUUGACCAGGAAUUACUGUUCAUCUUGAUCAAACAUCUCAUCCCACAGGUCGACUUGGACUGGCGCAAGUAUCCACAAGAGGACAAGCUUAAACCAGAGCAUGACGUCAUCAGAUUGAGACAUCUACGUCAUCGGCUUAUACACAAAUCGAAAAGAGAUCUAAGCCAAAAUGAAUUCGACCAACUUUUCAGUGAACUAUCUCAGAUUUUAUUGAGAAUGGGACAAAGUCCGGAAUCCAUCAGCAAAUACAGUGAUCGCAUAUCAAUAUCUGAUAUACCAGACCUGAAGCAAGAGUAUUCCAAAGCGGUGGCACAGUUGAAGGAAGAAUUCAUCAGAACCACGAUGGCGGCAGACUUCACUCCAAACCGAAAGUUUAAUAGAUUUAUGAUUAUUAUCAUCCUCUGUUUCGUU